AUGUCGUGUGCGGAAGCCAAUGUUGGGCCUCCACCGGGUUUCGAAGAUGUGGAGCAGGAGCAGCGUCCUGCCCCGCCCGAAGUGUUGCCUGAACCGUCGUUUGGGGCAAGAACGAGUCCUGACACCUCUUGUCAUGUACCACAAGGUGAAUGGAACUUUCAGAGUCGAGAUGUUGGGCAGCAAGACUCCACUCGAGACGAGUGGAAGAGCUCCGAUUGGAGCAACGGGGAUACAUGGCACAACACGAGCUGGGGCAAAGCUUGGGACAGUGCCAAGGGCGAGGACUCUGGCGCAGCCUGGGGGCGACGCGCUAGUUGGGAGUCGACGACGGCAGGUGCAGCGAGAUCUGGCGAAGGGGGUCGCGACAAGCGAGAUGACGACCCAUGGGAGACCGGUGGCGACCCUUGGUCAAGCGUCCGCCGCGACGGAGCUCUACGCGGCGAUCGACAUGAACGCCAUGGGAGGCCCCGGGCAGAUGGACGAGAAGGCCGGGACCCUGACAGCGAUUAUCCGGACCAUCGACGGCAAUGGUGGGAUAGUGGAAGUGAUGAUACUGGACGACGCGGCCAGUGGAGCGACGACAGAGCUAGCUUCUCCUCGGGCGGCAUCGAGGACCACGGCAUAGCGUGGAACGGCUGGAACUACUUCGGAGGCGGUGGCGGUUUCAAAGGGGCAAGCCACGAAGGACAUCACAGCAGCAAAGGCGGACAGGGUCGACCGUCUGAGCGACUCAGUGUCCCCACCUUCACCGGGGAUGAUGCUGAAGACCUCGGGGGAUCUGCCCGAUCUUAUUUGAGGCAGAUCGAAGCCUGGCGAAGGAUGACCCUCCUUCCUCUGGAGCAGCAGGCUCUGGUACUCUACCAGAAUCUUGGAGGUAAAGCUUGGGUUGCAGCAGAAGAACUUUCGGUUGCAAAGCUGGGAUCUGCAGGCGGCGUGCAGUACUAUGUCUCCUGGAUCACUGCUCGCUUCUUGGACCUCGAAGUCGCUCGCAUCGGGAAAGCGUUCAGCGACUUCUUCAGGCGCCUCAGACGCAAGAGCGGGCAAAGCAUCAGAGAGUAUAACACAGAGUACGACCGCCUAUAUGCUCGACUACGCGAAGUAGGGUGCCAGUUACCAGAAGAUUGUGCAGCUUGGUUGUAUAUAGACCGCCUACAACUCGAAGAAGCACAAGAACUUAACCUCUUGGCGAGUGUGGGUAACCAAUACUCGCUGCACAAGCUCCAGCAAGCUGCCGUGCUACAUGACCGCGGGCACCGCAAGCCUUGGGAACAGGGAAGCAGAAACAGGAAACCCCAUUCAGCGCAUGUGACCGACCAUGACGACCCAGGCCUCAGCGAGUCGGAUGAUGAUGGCGACCUUGACGGGCUCCCCGAGGAAGUGGCACAGGCGUACCUUACCUACCAGACGGCGAAGAACAAGUAUAAGGACCAGGCAAAAACCAGAGGCUACAACGCCGCGCCGAAGGACGACAGCGGGGACCGCGAUAACAGGAGGGGCAACGACACAGCUGCCAGGGAUGAAAGACUCCGGAAGCUCAAGAGCAAAUCGUUCUGUGCAAGCUGCGGACAAAAGGGUCACUGGCACAAGGACAGCGAGUGCCCCAACAACAAAUCGAACGCGGGGAACUCCGAUAAGAAUGUGCGUGCGGUUGAAGUUUGUCACCAUGUUCCCAUUGAGGUGAUGACGCUGAAGCACGAUGGGGAGGCCUUGGUGGGCAUCACGGACACCGCAUGCGCCAAGUCGGUAGCCGGGACGAGUUGGUUGCAGAGGUAUUCGGAUUUGGCGGACGAGGUGGGUGAGAAGGUUGAUUUGGUAAAGGAGUUUGAGUACGAUGCCGGCGGCGUCGAGCGCUGGAUCGGCAAGGGGCACGGAUUGGAGUGUGGUGGAAGGACCGAGGUAGAGGACCACCGCAUGCAGAUCGACGCCACCAAGACGGCCGAGGAGGAGAUCGUGGACUUGGAAAGGAGGCUGACCGAGCUGAAGAAGGCGGGCGAUGCGGAGAGCGGCGAGCCCAGGCCGUUCUCCGGGAUCAAUGGGCAUGGGAGAAUGGACGCGGUGUCUAUCUUCCCGGGCCAUUCCGGCCCUGGACACCGCGAUACAGGAGAACAACUGUAUGAUCACGAUGGCUGCCAAUUUGGAAAUAAGCCCACCGUGAACAAGCGACGAUGUUGCGGAGGACAAUGCCACGAACGCGACAGUGAGGCCUUCAUCACGGAUGGCGAUUUCGUGAAGGGGCACUACAACCAGAAGAGCAUCUACGUCGCGCACAAUGACCCUACAGAGGCCUGUGAAAGACCUCAUCUACAACGAGCUCUACGUGAAGGAGACUAUCGCUUUGAGACGAUUAACAAAGUCCUCGAGGAGACCAAAAUGAAGGCGCAGAAGAACACCAAAGGGAAG